CCGCAUGUUUUCUUCCGCGUUUCUGCAACCUUCGAACAUCUGUGUCGUCUGUGCCAGAGCUGCCUUGGAGCUGCGUUCGAGCUGCGUUCGAGUUUGUUUCCUUUGUGGGUUUGUCAUACUUUGGCCUUGUGUUUGUCACGGUUGAUAAAUCUAGAUGCCCAGAGCAAGGAAGACAUUCAACAAACGUGAAUUUUACAGUAACCGUUACGCUCACCCUCAAAAAACAAAUGUGUGCUCACGACGUGGUGAGACGCCAAACGCAGAAUCCGCAGCUCCUCAGCAUCGAAGCUCUCAAGUUUUUCGGCGUGCUUUCAGGAAGACGAUAUGCUACAAAACAGCGCAACGGGGCAUCUGAAGACAGAGGAGGUUGGUUCACCUUCCAAGGGAUCUAAAGGGCAUCAAAAACCAUCGAAGACAGAAGGUUCAUCCGAGGAAACAAAAGGCGGAGGAGCCAAGCGUUGGGGACCAGACGGGUCAGAAGAGCAGGAGACGGCCACCGGCAGCACGCCUGUCAAACGGCCCGGGGGCGGCAGAGCGCCAGGGAAGUUUGAAGGCUUGAGCGGGGGAUACAAGACGAGAUCAAGGAGACGUCCUCCACCAUAUAGGCCAACACCCCUACGCAGGAGGACACCCCGGCCACUUCCACCUAAAGCAACCUUGGGCAGGGGACACUGCGGAGCGAGACCACGAAAAGGGAAGUGCCAGGACAAUAAUGGCAAGUGGUAUCACGAUGGAGCUUUCUACACUUGCUCCCGUGUGACGGAAGGAAUGUGCCCAACCGUUGGCAGAUUCUUCGAAAGCUGUGAUGAGUGCUUUGACAAAUGCCGAAUGGGCAGGAAGAACAACUGCGAGUACCAGAAAUGAACCUGCGGCACAAGACGACAAGAGGCUUGGACGCCGUGACUUAUUCCGCAAUUUGCUACGUAUUGCGAAAAAUAAAGUGAAAAUUUCGAAUAAAUUGUACAU